CUAAUCUCUGGCAUGUGCUGUAAUAGAGGAAUCAAUGCAGAGGACAAGACACACAGACCCAGCUGAUUCUCUCCAUUCUGAAUUGUCCAAUUGAAUCGUGAUGGACCUUUUGCAGUUGAUCCUGCUAUCUACUUUCCUCUCAGUUUCCGUGACAUCAGAAUCAUUUCAUGCAAUGGAAGACGAGGCUUUGGUUGUAAAGUGUCCCCAAGACUGUCAAAAUAGGACUGUCAAAUGGUAUCACACACAAACUAACCAGCUCAUUCCUGCAGAAGAGGGUGGACGGAUACAUUCCUCUGGGCGAUUUCUUUGGUUUCUGCCAACAUCAAAAGAGGACUCGGGAAACUACACUUGUGUUACACACUAUUCUAAUUAUACAAAACAGUCCACUGUGAGUGUGAUGGUGUAUCUACACAAACAAGGUAUUUGUUUCCCAAGUCAGAUACGUUAUCCAAAUGACACCGGAACGUUAACUUCUGGAAGAAUUGUUUGCCCUACGAUUGACAAUUAUGAGAAGGCUACUAUUGUCAAGUGGUAUAAGGACUGCAAACCUCUCCAAGGACCACGUGAAAAAUAUUCAAUGGGAGGGAAGUAUCUUUUUAUUAAACGUCCACAAAAAACUGAUGAAGGACAUUAUACUUGCCAUUUUACCUGUAUACACAGUGGAAAUAUAUAUAAUGUAUCGGCGACAAGAAUCUUUAGAGUUAAAGAAGACGUUUCUUCACCUAUGCCUUCCCAAAUUCAAUAUCCAACAGACAAUGCUGUAAUACAAGUGGAGUCUGGUUCUCCUGUGAACAUUAGCUGUGGAGCCUUUCUGGGGAUUGGGAAGCAAAAUAUAGCCGUUGUUACAUGGGAGGUUAAUGGAAUCAAAGCUGAAUAUCUUAAUACUUCAAGGUUUCAUGAAGACCAUCAAUUUUUUAUGAGAGGAGAUCGGGGAUAUUAUGGAGAGUCCAUUUUAACUAUUGAGGAAGUAAAGGAAGAGGAUCUUCUGUCGAAUUUCACAUGUACAGCACUAAAUGAAAUAGAUCAUGUAAUGGUCACGGUGACAUUACAGCUGAAAGUGCCUUGUAAGGGAGAUAAUCACAGCACCUACACAACAAUAGGGAUUCUUGUUUUGUUAAGUAUAAUAGCCCUCUUGCUCAUACUUUACCAGUUUUUCCGAAUUGAUAUUGUCCUACUGUGUCAGCGGAUAUUUAAACCCUACAAAACCCAGGAUGAUGGGAAGAUAUACGAUGCAUAUGUUAUCUAUCCCAAAAAUCGCACUAAUGAAGCUAAUUUUGUGGAAUAUUUUGUUCACCAGAUUUUGCCAGAUGUUCUAGAAAAUAAACACGGAUAUAAACUGUGUAUUUAUGGGAGAGACAUGUUGCCUGGGGAAGAUGCAGCCAAUGCAUUAGAAAUGAGAAUACAGAAGAGCAGGAGACUGAUAAUCAUUCUAACACCACAGCUAAUUCAGUGUGAGGAAUUUGGUUAUGAACAUCAGAUUGCCUUAUACAGUGCCCUCAUUCAGAACAACAUAAAGGUGAUCCUCCUUGAAAUGGAGACAAUUGGGAACUAUGCGGGCUUGCAAGAAUCCCUCAGGUACAUCAUCAAGCAGCAAGGUACCAUAAAAUGGAAAGAGAAGCACAAAGAAUGUCCACAUGCAUCCAACUCUAAAUUCUGGAAACUUGUGAGGUACCAUAUGCCACUGAUACACAAGCCUUCACAACUCAACCAUGCAGUGUAAAUAGGUAUCUUUUUCUCUUAGGUUCAUGAGAGUUUGUAAGAAUAAUUCCAGAUUCUGGUCCAGCAAGAUCUUGUAAAAUUCAGAGAAGAAUCUGUGGGUUUGCUUAACUGAAAAUCAAGCAAUGACUUCUAUCAGCUCUUGCAAGAAGAUAGGGGCCUCUUAUGUGUGUCCUUGCAUGUGAACAUGGGAAAGAGCAAGCUAUGCAGAAAAUAAGAGAGAAAUUCUUACAAGCGAUUGAAAAAGCAUGUUUGUUAUAAGGUUCUUCACAGAAGAGCCUGAAAGUCCUUUUUUUUUUCCUGCAUUGAUAAGAAGGGUUUUCUUGUGUGAAUGGGGUUUCUUGAAUGGUCAGAAUGUUGGAAAGACAGCACACUUGUUUCUAUCUCUAAAUAAUAGUUUACUUGCUUUUUUAAGUAGAGCUAGUCGAAAAUUCACCAUGGGUUUUCAGGUUUUGUUUUGUUUUGACAAAAAGUCUAAAUUUUCAGCUAUUUUGGUGAAAAUUUUUGGUGGAAUAUUUUCCCCCUGACCAACUAUAUUUGACAAUAUGUUUGACAUUAAUUUGCCUUAGCUGAAAAUGUACAAAUUCAGCCUGGUUGUAGUUCAGAUUUCCUCUGAGUUUGUGCCUGUUUGAUUGGAUCCCUGGCAAAUUUACCCUCCCCUUUACUUUAAUAUCUAUUUCCAAAUAGAGAAUCCUGCCUCACAUACAUGACAGAUAUCUAUCCCAAAGUAUGUGUUUCAUUAGAGUAUUCAGAAAGAUGUGUUGGAGUAAAAUAGAAACAUUCAUCUCUGAGAACUGAUCAGUUUUUCAGUUUGUAAUGAAGAGGAGUCAGAGCACCAUCUAGUGGGUGAGUGGAAUUGUUAGAUUGC